UGUGCUUGUCAGAUAUAAGCUAUCAAAUAUUAAAUAAAAAGAGGCUUGUUUAUAUAACGCAAGGCCGAAUAUUUCAAAUUGUAAAAUUAGCGGUAGUUGCGCAUCGGUAGGAAUUUUCAGAAGAAGUGGGGCGGCAUAUCCGUGUCUGAAAAGAGAAUUUAAUCGUAGUAAUGCAAUUGUAAGUAUAACGUGGUGCAAGGAGGAUUUUUUCAACGAGAAUUUUGUGAAGAGGACCGUACACACCUAAUCUCCUAAUGGACCAACCGGUGGCCUUAACUGAGGAAUACAUAGAAGAAAAGUGGAAUGAGUUCAAGGAGAAAUUCCGAAAAAAUUAUGCGGACGAAGAAGAAGAAAACUACAGAAAAGGACUCUUCAUCACAAGUCUGAAAAUGGUUGAGGACCAUAACGAAAAGUACGAAAACGGGUUGGUCAACUACAAAAUGGGAAUUAACCAGUAUGCGGAUUACUCUAAAGAUGAAAUGCCUUCAAGACGUUAAACGUCAAUUUUUAUUCUUUCUAUAACUACUUACAUAAUAUUUAUUUAUACUAAAAUAAAGAUUUAAAAAUUAUAAAAACAAAA